UCUAAAAAUAAAUUCAUGAUGAACUAGAAGAAAAAAAGAAACAAAAAAAAAUUAAUCUUUAUGUCAGGUGCAUAAUGAACUAGCAGGUUUCUCUUUUAUCAUUAUCGUACCAAAUAGAUUUUUAUUCGAAAUGUUCCACGUUGAAAUAUAUCAUGGUCGAUUCGGCGACCACUGUCAUUUUUCUAUUUCAUUCAUUCCAUUCCAAUAUCUUCGAAAAGUAGAACGUUUCAAUACAAUUUUGUUAUAAUCAAGAUUUAAACUUAUCUAGCCAUGUAUUUUACAUCAUCAUUUAGACCCUACCUGUUUAUUGUCACAUCGGUUUUGUCACAGAUUUAUCUAUCGUUUGGCCAAACACAACAACAUUGUCCAGGAUAUCGACCUGAAGAAGUUUCUUAUCCAACACCAUACAUAACACCACAAGAUCGAUCAUCACGUUGUAAAGCAUUAUUUUCUCGAUUCAAUAGUACAGGAACGGCAAAUUUAAGUUUUAUCGGCCAAAAUACCUAUCAUAAUCCAUGCAAAAUUGAAUGUGGCUUGUGCGUUGAUGAAGAGUUGCCUGAGGAAAAAGAAGAGACAAAUGUUAUACGUUCAUAUCCACCACAUAUUUCAUUGAAAGAUUCUAUUGUACAAUGUCAUGAUGAAGUAGAAAUUUUCGAACAAUUCAUGGAAUCCGGAACUAGAUGUGGUCCAUUUCAUUAUUGUGAACACAAUUGUUGCAAAGCUAAGCCAGAAUUGUUUCCCAAUUCUAAACGAGCCAAACAACGAAUUCAAUCAACCGAUAUAAACAGGUUUUCACAGGAAAUGCCACCAGAAUGGACAAAACCAUUGAUUUGUGAUGAUGAAGGCUAUUUUCGAAAUCCAAACGAUUGUCAUAAAUUCUAUCGUUGCCAUAAAACUGGAACAAGAGGUGGAUUUUCACGCACACUUUUCGAAUGUAAUCCAUCGACAUUGAUUUUUGAUGAACAAUACAAAGUUUGUGUUCCAGUAGAAGAAAAUAUCAACGAAAAUGUUUGUGAUCAAUUGGAUGCUGAUGUUGAUUACUAAAAGUGGAAAGGCAAAUAAACAUCUUUGAUCUUGUGCCAAAAGCGCAUAUUUUUUUUCUACAACAUUUAUCGAAUCAAAAAU